CUUUGUGUCUGACCUGAGUGUACCGCAGCCUUGACGCGUUUGAGUUUGGGUUUCGCUUGACCCCUGUCUGGGUAAUUAGCGGCAGUGCGUACUCAUUUGGGUUCAAUCCAUUGUGACUCAAGUCGUUUGCUUUGGCCACCCAUUUUGCAUCGCGCCCCGCGGUGGUCUACAAGAAACACAUGGCCGUGACUUUCGGUGUAACAAUACUAGGCCUGGCCAUUGGUGGUUCUGUGGCUAGUCGGCUGGUCAGCGAUACAAGAAGCGACUCUAAGGUUGGUCCAUGUUCUGAGAGCUGGAAUCACCUUGCGCCCAAAUUUGCUAGUUUUCCUGGAAUCUUCGACAAGCUUGAGGAAGAGGAGGAAUUUAGCGAGCUGCGUUACGAUUUCGAACCCAAGGAGGAGUGCCAUUUCGGCGCCAGCGUUGGGGUACAUGCCUUCAUCGCCGUACAGCUGAAUGAUGCCCUUCACGAAGCGAGUGGUCACGUGGCUGUAGCAGACAUCGGUUCUGGAACAGGCUUUCUGUUGGCAUUGUUCAAGUCGUACGUCAAGGUGGGAAUUGACGUUGUCGGCGUCGAGACCGAUCCCAAGGCCCUCGCCGAGGCACGAGCCUUGCAGGCAGUGGGUGUUCUGCCUGAUGAGUGCAAGUUGCUCGAUGAGAACGGCCUCACUUUUACUUAUGAGAAGAAGUUCGCGGUGAUCAACGUAGGUUUUGCCUCGACGGAGCUUCCGGAACACUUUAAAGAGCUUACUGCCGACGAUGCGACAAUCCUGAUGCCGAUAUGUAAUAAGCCUUUCAAGCCGCUCAGCGGCGGUCAGAGCUGUGCUGCCAGGUACACUCUGUUUAAGAAAGUGCGCGGCAGCUGGCAAACAGCUCAGGAAGUUGGGCCCGAUGUGAGCUUCUUUUUCGUUGAGAACAAUGCGUGAUCCGAGGUUGAAAACAACAUCCACGUACAACAUUGAAGUGACACAAUCCUUGCAUUCCGAUGCUGUCUUCUGUUGCAUGUUCGGAUGAGCUCAUGUGGAAUACGUAGAAGGGUCGUCUCGACACCGAUUCAUACUUGUGUUGCUUUUUUUUACCCAGGACGGAUCCACUACCAGGACAUAUUCAUAUGAUGAUUGUUCAGAGGAUGAUACCGUCGACGUCUUGCUACCAGGAAUUCUGAUCAG